AAUCAAAAGAACGUAGCACGGGAAUAAUCAAACGAAACUAUAUAUAAAAUAGAAGAAAAAUAUUCUAAUAUUAAGAAGAAUAUUUAAAAGAAAAACUAUUAAGAAAUAAUAUAAUUUUCUUUUACCUUUAAACUAUACUUUUAAAUCACUUUUUACUAAAAAUAUAAAUAAAAAAGAUAUUCUAAAUAUUUAUACAUUCAAUGUGUCUGAGAACAAUAAUAAGAUUUACUAGUGACACUGUGUAGCUUUUAAAGAAACUUUUAACACACAAAACUUGCGUCUCAUACAAAAUGUCGUGAUGUGAAAUGUAAAUUGGAAAAGCAAUAACUUGAUGAAUUUCUAUUAGAAUGUAGUUUUCACAGAGAAUCUGGUGAAGGAAAGAAAAAUCUUAACAUCAUAAACACCGACUAUAUAAAUAUGACAAUAAAUAACUGAUAAUACUUACUAAGAACUCUUGAAGAUGAUGUACGUCAAAGUGUAUUUUAUAGUGUUAUGAAUUUGGGCAAUAACGAAUUAUCUACUAAGAUAGAAAUGGAUCCAGUGAAGAUGCAAGGGACCAUAUUAUUUGCCUAUAUUGUAUAUGUUGCAAUUAGUAUGGUGAAUUAUGCUGAAAGCAGUGAAUUUCCAGAAAGAGAAUGUUGUGAUCCAAUAUAUCCACCGAUACCAAAUCCAGAACCUGUGCCUCCAGCACUUCCAACAACAACCAUUUCACCAUCGUCGCCUACACCAACAGGACGUUCAGGACCAAACAUCAAAACAGCUAUUGCUAUUUUGAACUGUAUUUUGGCGAGGCAGUUAUGUUUCGAGGAUCCAUCAUGUUCAGCAAUAUUAGAGAUUAUUCCGAGAGUAUGCGGUCCAGUACCAGUGUCUUGCAGUACAGUAACUGUUACAAAAUGUCAAGCCGCCCUGAGAACACUACAAGCGUUUCCCUUCUUUCGACCAACUUGCUUGUGCAAAGAGCCUGGAGUUGAUCCUGAAUGCAACUAUUUUCGAGACUUUCUUUUUGAUCAUCCAUGUGGCUUUGUACAGAAGAAAGAAAAAGAUCCAUAUCCCAUUGAUGCAUUGCCAACGUGCAAUCAUGCUCUGUCAGUAUGUCAGCAGGAGAGAAAGUGCAUAAAAUUGUUUGAGGACUUUAAGAUACAUUGCAAAGUCCGUGAAAACAAGUGUCGUAUGGAGGACAGGGAUCUGUGUCACGAAGCCUGGACAAAUCUACGUUUAUCUCCAAUGUUUGGAUGCAUCUGUCCUAACAAUCACAUGAAACGGAGGUGCGAUCGAAUUUUCAGUAUGGUUAAUCACAAUCCGUGCGUGGAUGUUCUAACCACUGCACAUGAUCUGUCUUACGGCACACCCACCAAUUCAAUAAAUAUAUCUAAUUUUAAAGACAAUAUCGAACCCUCAGCCACGACUUUUCCCUAUACCUUCCCUUACUUUCUCUAUCCCAAACGUAUCCCACUUGCUCUAGCAUCGCAUCGUCCUGCUAUCGAUCAGCGUCCACAUUCCUAUGAAUUUAGCAAUUAUUCCACAUUCUCUGAAUUCGGCACCAACAUGAAUGUAGAGCACAAUAAUAGGAAAAAUUUUGUAUUGCACUCGCACCUUAAUCAUGAACUUGAGCACACUCAUCUACCACCAAGGAGUGGGGUACAUGAAAAUGAUGUUACCGAAUGGCAUCAUCAUCAUCAUCAUCAUAGUAAUCGGCAUGAGGAGGAACAUCAUCAGAUUCACGACCACAAGCAAUCGACUACAUUACUGCAAGAGGAAAUCAUGGAAAUUGUGAGAUCAAUGGGAAUGGAUGACAAUUUCCAUAACCGAUUAUUUGAUGAAAAUAUGGUGUUAGUCGAUACUCCUUUGAUUGCACCACCAAGCUCACAGUAUUCAAAUCUAUAUACAGCUGGGAUAUAUCCAUAUAAUUUGACGGCAUUUCAGAGCGGCUCUUCAAUGUCAUCGAUGGAAAAUAUGUUGAUUGAUACAAUGGAUAAUUUAGAGAAACACAGCAAUCUGGAUACCCAAAUUCCCGAGUCAAGUGUUCCAGAACUACUGAAAAUACCAUUUCAGAGUACGUGUCAUAUAGUUUUGGAAGCGUGCAGAGAAGAUCCGUCUUGUUCAUCAUCAUUGCAACCUGUUCUUUUACACUGUGAAAACCAUCGGUGCAAUAGGAAUGCCUGUAUGGAAGCUCUUCAAACUUUUUAUCGUGCUCAACAUGAAGAUUUAAGUCUCGACAUUGCAUUUUGUCUGUGCAAGAAACCAUCCAGUCGACAGGAUAUAUGUCUAUCAGCUCAAGAAAAAUUGCAUCCAAUUUGCGCUCAAAAGCCUCCUGAUAAUACAAAUACACAAACCACAAAUGGUGUGAUUUAUCAAUUACCACCAACAUGCCAUGCUGUUGUGGAUUUAUGCAAAGAAGAUGAUGAAUGCAAAAUACGAUUGGAGCAGUUUGAACAGGCGUGCGCUAUAGAUAGUGUGACGCGAAAGUGUGCCGGUAGGGCCAACAUUUGUCGUUCAGCCUUACUUGGAAUUCUUGGAACAUCUCUUCGUACAACAUGUAGUUGCCAAGGGGCAGAUUUGCAGCAGAUAUACGAAUGUCUUGGAUGGCACAAAUUAUUGUGGCAAAAUCCCUGUGUCGUUGAGUCCCAGAAGGACUUUCACUUGAAGCGCCUAGCUGAGCUGGGGUUGUUGACAAUACCAACCAUGCCCAGCAUAACAACAUCCACAACUGUGGCUACCUUUGCGGGGAUAACAGAAGUUGAAAUUCCACUUCAUCCCAUUCCACCAUUCAAUUCAUAUCUACCCACCGAAGGUCCAUUUGAUACAAAUUACAUUGAAGCAUCUGAGUCAUACUCAGACUCAAUAAUCCAGCAACAUUCAAAUGAAUUAAAUUCCUCCAUUGAAGUAAAGAAUGGCAAUUUGUCUGAAGAGCAAUUAUUUGUCUUUCUGACAAGUGAAACGACAGAAGAUGAUACAACGAUUUCAACAACUACAACACCAAAGCCCGUACCAACAAGAUACUGCCUGGUGCAGAGGGCACAUCAGAAUGAUCAGCAAAUAGCUGAAGGAAAGAGCAAGAGGCUGUACCUGCUCGAUGAUCCUGAAUGCAGUGAACUCUGUACCUGCUCAGAUGGAGGAGAGAACCCAACCUUGUCCUGCUACGCACUCUGUGUCCCCAUGGUACCUUGUCGAACAUCCCUUGCAUUUUACAGCCACGCAUCCCCAGCUUACCAGGCAUUCAGAGGCCGAUGCCUUUGCUACUCAGGACGCUUCAUCUGUAUGCGUCCGCCGCCUGGAGAAUACUCCCUGCAAGGUGGAGUGUUCUUGCUGCUGGGAUAUAGCUCAACAGACGAAGCACUUUUGCGACCGCACACAAAUCUCGGGAUACAGGAUGCCGUGAGAGCACUUCAGCAGUAUAUGAUAGAACACAUAAAUAAUCAAACAUCGUGUACUUUAACAUUGUUCAACAUGACUGAUGAAAAUGUUAUAAUAUCAGCAAGACUUCCACAUGACCCCAAAGUGAAUCCAUUAGAACUUCUUCGGCGAGAGAAGGCCCAAUGUAAGUCCAUUCUAGAAGCAAUUAGCCAACAUAUAAACACACAGUAUACAGAAUUAUCGUCUGACCGACUCCUGAGUAUAUUUAAAAUGGCUGAAAUGCAAGUAAUAAUCCCGGACAUGUCUGGAUCAUCAAAUACUAUAAAUUUCCAUUUGGGAUUACAACUAUUAUUGCUAUUUCUCACUAUUUUGCCCACCAUAUUCAAAUUGUACACGAGCAUUUACCAUAUUUUAUGACAUGGCAACCACUGUACAAUAUGUUGAGAGCCAUUUGUAAGCAUAAUCAGUUAUAUGUAAUAUUAAGGCGGUGUUCUUCAUUGCAAAUGAACCCUGAUUUAUAUACUGUAUAGAAUCAAUUACACAUGUUUUAACAUGAUCUGUUGUUGUCUGUAUCUCUCUCAAGAGAUUCUAUAUUGCAGAUUCAUCGAAGAUAAACUAAGGGAUUUGCAAUAAAACAUAAAAAAAGACAAGAAGAUAUUUUUAAUAAUAAACAUUCGAUAAAAUUCUCUUGAAAAGGGAUCUAAUUGAAGUUAACUUGGGUGGUAUAGUGAAUAAUUAGUUGGUAUUCUUUCAAGAUUAUUAUACUUGAUGGCAAUGUAUAUAACAUUCUUCAAUAUGCAAUAUAUUCUACAAAAAAAAAAACAAAA